UGCUUGCACGCUCCAAAUCCUAUCUGGCAAUCCUACUCAUGAACACGCGCAAGCCACGCUCCAAAAAUAAAAAAACGCGACGGUACGACGUGAUUUCUCUAAGCUUAAAUGGGCACGAUGCCAACUGGCAGUCUAGGCAAAAAGUCGGCUGGCUGACCUUAUCCAAUGCCAUAUAUUCCAAUGCUAACUUGACGGGAGAGAUGCACAUUUACGUAUCACAGUUUCCAUUGGCUUGGCUCAUGAAAAGCUCCAGUUCUGGUUGACUGUCAGGAAGAGUAAGUGACUAGCAAGUGCAAUUUUACGUGUUUCUAAUGCGUAAACAACAUCAUUAAGAAAUCAUUAAUGAAAUUUGCUUUAAAUAGGAAGAAACUAAUUAAUAUUAAUUCUUGAUAAUGAGAAUAAGAUCUUCCGAAUAUUUUUUUCCUGUUUUACACUAGGCGAUGAUUAUAUAUGGAUUUGCAAAUAACAGACCUAAGAGAUUCUCAUAUGUACAUGUUCUUAAUAUGAUAAAACCCUACAAAUUCACGUAAAACUUAGAAUUCAACAGGGUUCAGUUCUCAUUGCCUCGGAAACGAAGAUUUUUUUUUGUAAUUAGAAGUAACAAAGAUGAUGUCAAGAUCAUGCACCAAUUUAUUAGACUUGGCAGCAGGGAAUUUCCCAAAAAUCUCUAGAGAGCAGAGGCGGCUUCCGAGGGUAAUGAGCGUUCCAGGGAAUGUCUCUGAGCUUAAUGAUGAUAGGGAACUUAGUGCGUCAUCUGAUAACCCCUCAAUGGUUUCUACAGACAGGAUGAUUAUUGUUUCAAACCAGCUUCCUUUGAAAGCAGUGAGACAACCUGAUAAUAAGGGAUGGAUUUUUAGUUGGAAUGAGGAUUCACUGGUUUUGCAACUUAAGGAUGGUUUACCUGAAGAUAUGGAGGUCUUUUUUGUUGGGUCAUUGCAGGUUGAUGUUGUUCCAAAGGAACAAGAUGAGGUCUCGCAAAUUUUAUUAGACAGAUUUAAAUGCGUACCCACUUUUCUACCACCUGAUGUUUUGACAAAAUUCUAUGAUGGUUUUUGCAAGAGGCAGCUGUGGCCACUUUUUCAUUACAUGUUGCCAUUGUCUGCUAAUCACGGCAGUCUGUUUGAUCGGUCAUUGUGGGAAGCCUAUGUAGUUGCGAAUAAAUUGUUUGCACAAAAAGUGGUUGAGGUUAUAAAUCCAGAUGAUGAUUUUAUUUGGAUUCACGAUUACCAUUUGAUGGUGCUUCCAACUUUCUUGAGAAAGCGCAUUAAGCGGAUAAGAAUGGGGUUUUUCCUUCACAGUCCAUUUCCAUCAUCUGAGAUCUACAGGACCCUUCCUGUAGGGGAAGAAAUACUUAGGGCUUUACUGAACACUGAUCUUAUUGGUUUCCACACUUUUGAUUAUGCUAGACAUUUCCUGUCCUGUUGCAGUCGUAUGUUGGGUUUGGAAUAUGAGUCGAAGAGGGGCUACCUGGCCCUAGAAUACUAUGGAAGGACUAUUGGGAUCAAGAUUAUGCCAGUUGGGGUUCAUAUGGGUCGGAUUCUUUCAUUGAUGAAACAGGCAGAUAAGGAAUGCUGGGUAGGCCAGCUCAGACAGCAGUUUGAAGGGAAAAUUGUGUUGCUUGGUGUUGAUGAUAUGGACAUAUUCAAAGGUAUCAAUUUGAAACUUUUGGCAAUGGAACAUAUGCUCAGGCACAACCCUGUGUGGCGGGGAAGAGCUGUUCUGGUCCAGAUUGUAAACCCUGCAAGAGGUAGAGGAAUUGAUUUAGGGGAUAUAUGUGUGGAAAUACAAGAAAGUUGCAGGAGGAUCAAUAAUAAAUUUCGGCAGCCUGGAUAUGAACCAAUAGUUUUCAUUGACAGGCCAACCAUCAGUGAAAGAAUUGCCUAUUACAGCAUUGCUGAGUGUGUUGUUGUUACAGCUGUGAGGGAUGGGAUGAACCUUACUCCUUACGAAUACAUUGUGUGCAGGCAGGGAUUAUCUGGUUCUGAAUCAUGUACCAAUUUCAGUGGAUCAAAGAAGAGCAUGUUAGUGAUGUCAGAGUUUAUUGGCUGUUCUCCAUCGUUAAGUGGGGCAAUUCGUGUCAACCCUUGGAAUAUUGAAGCAACUGCGGAGGCAAUGAUUCAGGCUAUUUCAGCUUCUGACACUGAAAAACAGCUGCGGCAUGAGAAGCAUUGUCGGUAUGUUAGCACACAUGAUGUGGCUUAUUGGUCACAAAUUUUCUUGCAAGACUUGGAAAGAAAUUGUGCUGAUAAUUUCAGGAAAAAGUGUUGGGGAGUUGGUAUUGGCUUUGGGUUCAGAGUACUGGCACUUGAUCCUAAUUUCAGAAAGCUUUCAGUAGCUAUCAUUGUUUCAGCUUACAAAAGGGCUAAGAGUAGGGCAAUAAUGUUGGAUUACGAUGGCACUCUGAUGUCCCAAAACUCCAUCAGUAAGUCUCCAGGUCAGGAUGUUAUCUCAAUCCUGAAUAGACUCUGUGGGGAUCUGAAAAAUACAGUUUUCAUUGUCAGUGGACGAAGUAGAGACAGCUUAAGCAAGUGGUUUUCUACCUGUAGGAAACUUGGAAUUGCAGCAGAACAUGGGUACUUUCUGAGGCGGUCACAGGGUGAAGACUGGAAAACCUAUGGCCCAAGCUCUGAAUAUGGAUGGAUGCAGAUUGCUGAGCCUGUAAUGAAAUUGUAUACUGAGGCUACUGAUGGUUCUUCCAUUGAAACCAAGGAAAGUGCUUUAGUAUGGCAAUAUCGGGAUGCAGACCUGACUUUUGGAUCAGCGCAGGCAAAAGAGAUGUUGGAUCAUCUGGAGAGUGUUUUAGCAAAUGAACCUGUUGCUGUAAAGAGUGGUCAAUUUAUUGUGGAAGUCAAGCCUCAGGGAGUCAGCAAAGGCCUGGUUGCAGAAAACAUUUUUAAAUCAAUGGUUGACAUCGGGAAACAGGCUGAUUUUGUGCUGUGCAUUGGAGAUGAUAGAUCUGAUGAAGACAUGUUUGAAGCAAUUGAUAACGCCUUGUUGGGACAUGUUCUUUCUCUGAACGCUUCAGUAUUUGGCUGCACAGUUGGACAAAAGCCCAGCAAAGCUAAAUAUUAUCUAGAUGACACGGCCGAAGUCAUAAGUAUGCUUGAAUCUCUGGCUGAAGUCUCUGAUCCGUUGCCAUUAUCUGAAGAAGAAAUAGGAAGUUCGCCUUGAAAUCUUCUCUCAGGUUACAUAAAACUUUUUGUGGUUCUUGGAUUAGGUUGGAGUAUUCCUAGUGUAGUAGCAGUAGCAUUGUUAGAGUUUUUGGAGUUACAUAGAAUUUUUUACCAUAUAUCGAAUUUUAACCUCCUUUUUCC